GGUGGCCCUACUCCACACCACAGCACUAAUCGCCUCAGCUUUGUGUAUGCGUAUGUGUACACGCGCGAGUGUUCCAGGCAAUUUUGUGUCUUUUCACAGAUAUUGUGUAUCUGCAUCUGCAAUAGUGUUUGUGCGCUCAGGUUUAUGUGGUAUCAGUGUCAGCUAUGGCGACCCAGACUGCCCUCCCUCCAGACAGAGAAGCUGAAGGACAAAGAAGAGGAGGGGGGGGGAGAGGGUUCCUGUCAAGGUGGAGUUCACAAAAAACAGCCUUACCUACAUGGACAGAUUGCUGCUCAAGAAGCACCGGAGAACACCAGUUGAAAUAUACCCAUCAUCUCAGGCCGUCUCUACAGAUCAAAAAUUUCUACCUGCUACAACCGCUGAGGAGGAGACUCCAAGCAACAUAAGUGCUGAGGAGGAGGAUUUUCGCCACUACUGUGCAUCACUGUUUGCUGUCCCUGUCAGCAUGGGUGGGCCUGAGCCACAGGUUACUACACCUGAGUCAUGCCUCCGCAUUGAAGUCCUGGAUGAGACAAGCAGAGACAGGAGGGGAAUCAGCGCUGCUGAAAAGAAGGCAGACAACCGCACAGAGGUCCCUACUUUUCAGUGGAUUUCACAGAAAGGAAACUCGGUGGUGCCCAAAACAGCCCUACCAAAUGAUGGAUCCUUAAGAGUCGGCACUUCUUCUCCUGGUGCACCACUACAGUCCAGACUAGCUCAGAAGCUCAAACCAUCUAAGCCUCAGACAUCACAAACUGGGCCCUCGGUUAAAUCAUAUCUAUCUAAAAGCAAGCUGUCAACAUGCCCCACUGCUGAGAAUCCAACAGUUUCAGAGUCGUCAAUCAAGACAUCACCUGCAAAGUCACCUCGCCAAUCUCCCCAAUCAACAGCUGACUGUGGAGCACCACAACAUAUCUCCUUGUUACCACAUUCCCAGCUUAAAACUCCCAAAUCUUCAGCUGAUGUUUCAGUAAUUACUAGUAGUAGCAGGUCGCCAAUCUCAGAAGAGCAUCUCUCCCCUCCUCCAUCCAUAUCAUUUCCCCUUAGGUCUACUUUCACAGUUUCGUCAUCCAGCUCCACUGACUCAACCUUAUUGCCCAAAGUGAACCAUCCGGUCCCAUUAGAGAAAUGCUCGGACUCAGCUCUCUUGCCAGAUCAACCCCAAUCUUCCCAGUUAUUUGUAGAGCCAAUUUCCUCCCCAAAGAUUUGUGAAUCACCAAGAAGCAAUCUGAUGUCCCCAAAGGAAUCCCAGCAUUUCUUAUGUGACCCAGAAUCUCUUCUAUCAGAUAAUCAACUCCCGUUGCCUUUGUCCCCUAAGACUACAAGUACACACUCACCAGCAAAAUACUUGGAACCAGCUCAAUCACAAAUAAGUGCUGUGGCUUCAGAAACCCUAUCAAAGUUAUCUCUAUUUGAUGCAACCCCUCCAGAUGAAGACUCUACAUAUAGGUCAACUCACACAAUUGAGGACGCUCCAGUUUUUAGGUCUGUUAAAACAGAGUCAACUCAGUCACAGGAUACAAAUUAUAUCCCAUUAUCAUCUCUCUUAAAAGUCACCCAAAAUAAUGUUCUUGCUGUUAAAAUGGAUGAAGAAGAGAGGUUAUCAGUAGACAGUUGCGAUGAUAUGUCCAGUGAUAGCCUGGGUCUGGAUCCACUUGAAGAAGAUACUGCAGAUGAAGAUUCACAGACGCGAGGGCAUUUAAUGAGAGGGAGCUCCAGAGAAGAGAAUCCUGCCAUAUCUCAUCUAGAAGAUUCCUUUGUUCCUGCGGAGACAGAAACAACAAAAGAUUUGCCGACUGAUAAGUCAGAAGAGCUGCCAGAACUAUCCAUGGACGACACUUGCAAAGGGACGACAGCGAACCCACCGCACUAUUGUGAGAUGCUCUCGCCAGCUCCAGGGGUAAUGCACAACCAGAGUGCUGGGUCUGGAUCAGAGCAGUUCUGUGAUCUGCAUGGGUUUUCGCCUCUAGGUUUGGAAAUGAUUGCCGGUCAACCAGAGACACCAGAACAUGCACACUGUGACCCACUUCACACAUGCCAGUCUCCACUGCGUGAUUCAGACCCAACAGGGUUACAAAGUUAUGGGUUAAGCAGCAGCUUCAGAGCUUUAAAUGAGGAACACCUGGUUUUCGGUGUGAUGAAGGACAACCACAGGCAGCCAACUGGAAUUCAGAUUCACUCAUCCAGGACAGGAGAAGUAUCGGCAGAUGAACUGGGAACAGCUGUGGACUCAGAAUUCUCACCAGUAUUUCGUCCAUUGUCCCAAGCAGCCAGAGAGAUCAUGGAGAUCUGUAAUGUGGACCAGAUGGGCUGUGAGGACCCUGACCUGGAGAUAGACACAACUGCACGUGCUCUGAGCAGUCUGGAGCAGGAGCUAAGACUCAUGGUCAAGAGCACAGACCAAAAACUUUCAUGUAUGCAAUCACAUAUACAUGGUAUAGCUAUCUGUGAUCAGUAUAUUAUUUUACAGAUCAUGAUCAUAGAAAAUAAUACACAGGCACUCCAGGUACUGGUACAGAACACAGUGGAAGUCAGGAUGAGUGCAGGAAUCCCUCUUCCAAACGAGGCGGGGUCACCGCUGAACAAGAAGAGGAGGAAGAAGAUGAGGAGGAGGUGAAGAGAGAUCGACAGAGUGUCCUCUUGCUACCCUGACGCACACAUGUGCGUGACAGUCAUGCAGGAAAAAUCCCACAGUGGAUGCAUUUUUAAAUUGUGUUCAUGAUUCUUAAAGGUUGGUGUAGACACCCUUUAACGCAUAAGUCUAAACUUUUCUGCAAUAAUCUGAAAAAAUAUAAGUGUAAUGCUUGUUGAACAAUGAAUAAAUGCUGUUUGAUUUAU